AACACGCCUCCUUCACCAGAUCCCUUGGCUCUCGGGAAAAAUGUUGUGAGUCUGAGCGACGAGAAGGAGAGAGAGAGAGAGAGAGAGAGUACCCAGCACGAGUGAAGAGGAAGGUCCCCCGCUCACCGACGGAGAGGAUAUUUUUCGCAGUUCCUGGACACAGCGAGAGAGAGAAGCAGGAGAAGCAGAGUUGCAGCGGAGGCAUGAAGGUCUCGGGAGCCUCGUGCCUUCUCCUGGGCCUCCUGGUGACCCUCGCCCGCGCUCAACAUGAGGCGGUUUGUGCGACUGCGUGUCGCUUUUCAGGCGACGGGCGGCCGGGCGUACACUUCGUUCCCGGGCAAACGUACCUAUACCAGUACCAAGGCGAGGCGGUGACCUCAGCUCAGGUCACAGAGGGUCAGGAAUCUAGGCUUUCCGUGAGGGCGGUGGUCAGCAUCAUUGCCAGGACGCCGUGUGACCUGAAGAUGGAGGUUUCGGAAAUCGGCGUGGAAGGCGUCCCGGAAGACAGAAUCGCCGGGUUCGUCGCCUCCGUCACGGCGCACGACCUCCACUUCAGCUACCAAGAUGGCGAGAUCGAGUAUCUCUGUCCUCACGAGACGGAAGAUGUUGCCGCAACCAACUUCAAGCGAGGUAUUCUGUCGGCUCUCCAGACCACUGUGACCAAAGUGGACGACCAGACCGAAGUGGUGGUCAAGGAAAUUGACGUCGGGGGCGACUGCGAGACGAGGUACAGCAUCCAAAACACGGACAAGCUCACGGUGACGAAGAAAAAGGAAAACUGCCGCUCGAGUGCCCACUUCCCUUACUUUCCUUACGUUCGACAAGCUUCCUACUCGGCCAGCGGCGAUCUGCCAUUCUUCAGCAGAACUCAGUCUUGUCAGCUAGUCCUCGGCAACGCGGUGUGGGAGCGAGCGGAGUGCACAGAGGAGCUCCACGUAGAAGGAAGCACCUCGCCCUUGGCUUCUGUGCUUCUCUCUACAAGGCUCGAGCUGCAGGAUGUCCUCGGCGCUCGUUCGGACAUCCAGGAGGGUUUCUUCUCUCUCGAUGAGCCACUAACGAGAAAGGAGUCGCUGAGGAUGAACUUGGACAGCCGCGCCUCCUUGUCUGAGCCUCAAUUAGAUCAGGAUGCGGUGAAGGCCCAGCUGGAACAGACACUCGAGUUACUGGCGGCUUCCCUCAAGGACGCUGAGCUACAGGAGCAGCGCCCCUUCGCCUUCGCCGGACUGGUAAAUCUCAUGGGGCGUCUGCAGAGUGAUCAGCUGGAGAUGCUGUGGGAGGAAUACCGAGGCAAAGCUGAUUACAGAGAGUUCUUCCUCGACGCCCUGACCUCCUGUGAACGCGAGCAGUGCAUCCGGCUGGUGGUGACCCUCGCCCAGGAGGACACGGCCGCCCUGCCCGACAGCCGCCUCAAGACGUGGCUGGCGGGCGUCCACUUCCACGCCCACGCGGACCCACUUUCCCUCCAGCACGUGAUGGAUCUCGCGAACUCCUACACCGACGUCCCCAGCAGCGUCCUCCUGGCGGCGUCGAGCAUGGUGCAUCGCCUCUGCCACGACGCCCCCCACCAGUGCCGCUCGCAGGCGCAGCCCUUCCUCGCGUACGUCGAGGAGAAGGUUGGCGACACCUGCGGCUACGGCGAGACGAGGGACCGGCAGCGGGAGGUGAAGGUGGUGCUGCGGGCGCUGGGCAACGCCGGCCUGCUCCCGUUCGAGGCUUUCCCGGAGAAGUGCUACGUGAACAGAGCACUGUCAUCCGAUGUCCGCACGGCCGCUCUGCAAACCUACCGCCGGCUGGGAUGCGUCCGCACGGACAGUCCAUGGCAGAUUUUAGAAGAUGAAUAUGACAACGUCGAGGUGCGAAUAAAAGCCUACCUUGCACUGGUUCCCUGCGCCUCUGAAACCCCCGGAUUCUUCAGGAGGAUUGAGAAGAUUUUGGACAGGGAGACCGUGCAUCAAGUUGGCUCCUUCCUUUGGACUCACGUAAGGAACCUGGCGGAGGAGCCUGGCGUCGGCGAGUACGACCAGGAGCUGGCUAAGCUGGCUUCCCAUCCUACACUCAAUUCCAAGUUCAACACGAAUCCUCUUCGAUCCUCACGCAAUUACCGUUAUUCCCACUUCAGUAAAAUACUGAAUGGCGGCGGGAGCAUGGACAGCAACGUGAUCUUCUCCGAUUCGUUCGUCCCGCGCCAUGCCUCCGUCAACCUCACCGUUGACAUCCUGCAGAAUUCUUUCAAUGUUCUGGAGAUCGGAGGCGACUUCGUUGCCCUUGAGGAAUACGUGGAUAGGAUUUUGGGCCGAGAGGCAUCCAAGGACCGGAUCGAGAAGGAUAAGAUCCUGAAGCUGCAGAGGCUUUACGAUGAGGCGAGGACGGUGAACGAGCUGGCGGGGCUCGACGACCACGAGUCCAGGGCCUCCGUCUUCUUCAGGGUCUUUGGCCACGAGGUCGCCUACUUCGACAACGUCCUCAAAAUCAACCCCUUGGAGACACUCCAGCAGCUCGUCAAUGAGUUUUCGACGCCCAAAUCAUUUCAGGUGCUCAACCAGGAGUGCGUCAGCCCAACACUCCUUGGCUUUCCCCUGCGACUCAAGAUCAACGCGACCGGCUCUCUCGUCUUGACCCGUGACGGAACCUUUGAGAUGAGUGGUCACGGCGUUAUGUUAGAAGGGCACCUGAACCCCUCUGCUGUCGUGGCAGUGGAAGAGACCCUAACUGUAGAUGGCUUCGGGUUUCUCAGCGGCAUCAGAAGACGAACCACGCAGACCUCCCACAUGCAACUUGGCCUGAAGGUGGAGGUGGUAAAUGGCGAGCUUGUGGACGUGCAGCUUAACGUGCCAGAGGAAGAAGUUGCCAAAGUCAGUUCUUCUGUUCAGGUGGGGCUCUAUGAUAACGCCCAGGUCGGCUGGAAUGCGCUGCAGCAGCCGGAGGAAGCAGAUGGUGAAGGACAGUGCACACCAGAGAAUUUCAAUAAAGUCGUUGGUCUCAAAUUCUGUGCAAACAGAGGUCUGGAGAUCACUCGAACUGACACUUUUGACCACUAUAAAUUCAGCUUUGAGAACAGGGAUGGGAAAACUAAAGUCCUCUUUGAUACACCCGGUUCGUCGGUGGAUCGGAAGUUCAUUAUAGAGGUGAACACUAACCCUGAAAAUUUUGGCGGUUCACUUGUGUACCCUGGGAAGCGCUACGACUUAAAAGGGGAAGCUGUGAGCACGCAGCGCAAGAAGAAGUUUAAAAUUCAAUAUCUCGAAGACUCAGACACGAAAGGGGAAUUAGACUUGCUCGUCAACAGGAGGGAUGAAGGAUUCAAGAUUUCCUACACGUCAGGAGUCAAGAUGAAGCUAAAGGGCGUCGGAGACUUCAGUCUGAGUGGGAAGCUGGCAGUGGGUGACGAUGCCCUUUCCGUGGAAGGGACCCUUAUAUCCAGUCUACAGUACGAACCGAUAUCUUUCAAGGCCUCGUGGGAACGGGACGGGAAACAACAUAGUGUUGAAGGCCUCAUUGCUGCCGGCCAGUUAGGAUCAGCCACUGGAAGCGCUUCUGUUUCCCCGAGCAGUGUUAAAGCACAGCUGAAAGGAGACUAUAGUUACGAUCGGCCGGAACCUCACACGUUUUCCGUCACGUUGGAUUUGGCAAACAAGUCAGGAGGAAGAGGAAUGUACAAGGGACAAAUGUCAGCCACGUCGAGUCAAGCUGAGGUAAACCUUGACGUUUCGUAUCUUUACCAAGAGAACCUCCUGGAGUUCAUGGCUGACACCACCGUCUUAGGCAAAGAGACGAAGGCGCAGCUGGUGUUGAAGAACCUCGAGUCCGACGGUGACAGAGACGUUCAACUGAGUGCCGCUUUCUCGAGUCCUCAGCUGGACAUCGACUACUCAGUUGAUUUUAUUUACUUGAGUACGCCCACCGCCCUCAGACUGGAGUCGGGCGUCGGUCUCGGGUCCCUGGUGCAGGCCAAGGGCGCGAUCACCUACGCCUUCGAGGAGGAGCCGUUCCGAGCGCUGUCCGGCGUUCACUUCGAGCUGAACGGUUACAGAGUCAAGGCUGCGUUCGACUUCGAUCUGAGUCAGUCGCACCGCGCCCUCGGCCUCGUCAGUGCCAGCGUUGGGUCAGCGGCUUCGGAGCUUCGCGUUGACCUCCAGUACGAUCCUUCCCGACCGCUCAACGUGACCCUGGAGGCACUCGGGGGCAAUGACCCCAUGACCUCCUCGGGGUUGACCUUGAGCGCCUCGUCUGACCUCUCUUGGACGGUCUUCGUGGGGGACGUGAGGGUCAAGUGGCGGGAUUGGUCAUCGAGCAUUUCCCACAACGUGACCUGGCUUCCGCACUCCAAGUCCAUCCGGGUCACUCUCGGCGACGCUCAAGUGGUAGAGCUCAAGGCGGAGACGUUUCCCGAUCUGCUCUUCUCUGUCCUGCUGAGCAGCGACAAGACAAGCUCAGAGCCGGAAUUCCAGGCGGGAGUUCAGAGAAAGUACACUCCGGAACAAACCGACUUCCAGCUUUACCUUACGUCUGGCACCGACAAACUCUUACACUUCAUUGCCGUUGUCGGAAGGUAAGAUGGAGUACAUUCG